GCCUCCCUCCGCCGUGGGCGUCCCUCCCGCCACCGCGACGACCUGUUCCUCCUCCUCUUCGCCGACUGCAGUCGCCACGGCCUGGCCGCUGCUUACCUCCCCUCCCGCGCCUGCUGGCUUCCCCUCCCCCUCCCCCCUUUGCUUAACCACAUCCACGCCUCCGACGGCUGCCUCGUCGUCGCCGCCACCGGGAAGAACUCUGGCGAAGAUGUCGUCUGCGUUCUAUUUUCCCGUACCGUAAUCCCGAUCCUUCCCCGGAUGCCCCAUUCCUACAUCCUCGCUCUGAUUGCCGACGAGGCCUCAUCCGAUUUCAGGAUCGUGGCCGUCGGCAGCCAGAAGCCCGUUGGGAACGCCCUUAAUGCCGUCUACGUUUCCUCCCAGGUUUACGAUUCCCGUUCUGGCCGAUGGCAGCCCAAGGGGCAGCUGCCGGGGCACUACGCCAUGCUCGGUAACGCGGUUUUCCUGGAUGGCUUGUUGUUCGUGCUCGGCCGCCUCCUGUGUUUUGCUUGCAUUUGUUGGUAUUUGAGGGGAGGCUGUUCUGUUGGUCUGGCAGCCAUUUAG